UUAAAACUAUUUCCAGCGCCAUAGAAUUUCCAGAGAAAAAUGGCUCAACAACGUUUAUUGCUCCUUUUCAUCUUCCUUUUCUAUUUCUCUUCUUCCCCAUCCAACGCCCGCUUCAUCACUGGCCGUUCAUCUCCAACCGAUCUCGUUUCCGAUGGAAUCUCCACCGUCAAAAACCCACCGUACCUCCUAUUCAAACCUCUAGUUUCAGCCGAGGAAACGUGUGAACAGACCUAUGGGUUCUUACCCUGCACCACCACGGCCCUUGGGAACUUGUUUUUGAUAAUUGUUUAUGGAUGCCUUACGUUUUUAGCUGCUACUUACUUGUCCAAUGGAAGUGAGCUUUUGCUUGAGAUCCUCGGUCCCGGGAUCGUCGGAGGAUUGUUCUUGCCUAUUCUCGGAGCUCUUCCCGAUGCGAUGCUUAUUCUUGUAUCUGGACUUUCUGGAACCCCAGAAACUGCUCAAGAUCAGGUCUCCGUUGGAAUGGGGUUGCUAGCAGGGUCAACUGUCAUGCUUAUCACUGUGAUAUGGGGGUCCUGUGUUAUCGUUGGCAGGUGUGAUCUUCAUGACUCGGUUGCAGUUGAUGGAACCAAUACCAAAGGAUUUCACCUAACAGAGAGUGGUGUGAGUACAGAUAUUUGGACUUGCUAUGCUGCAAGGAUAAUGGCUAUAUCAGUUAUCCCAUUUGUUAUUGUUCAACUACCACAAGCUCUCGAUUCAACUUCAGGAAGACAUUUAGCUGUUUUGAUUGCACUUAUUAUAUCAGUAUCAAUGUUGAUUUCAUAUUGCGUUUAUCAGGUCUUUCAGCCAUGGAUCCAGAGAAGACGACUAGCUUUUGCGAAGCACAAACAUGUCAUAUCAGGAAUCUUAAGACACUUGAAAAAGCAAGCUUUUGGAAAGCUUCUUACUGAGGAUGGUGAACCUAAUACAGAGAUUAUAAAAAAGUUGUUCGAGGCAAUCGAUGAGGAUCACAGUGGUGGUCUUUCACAUUCUGAACUGAAAGCAUUUAUUAUAGGAAUCCGAUUUGAAGAGAUAGACUUGGAUAGGGAUGAUGCUGUGAGGAAAGUAAUGGCGGAUUUUGAUACCUCCCUCGACUCCGUUGUUCAGGAGGCGGAGUUCAUAAAGGGAAUCACAAAGUGGAUUAAUGAAGCAAAGCAAACUGGGGGAGCUUAUCUCGAACCUACUGCUGGAACGUUCAAGUUUAUUGACCGAUUUCACCAGGAAACCAAGAGAGAACAUGCUUUGUUGGGGUCUGAGGAACAAAGUGAUGAGGUUGUUGAACAUGUUGAAAAUCCUAGGUUGAUCUCCUUCAAAGCAGUACUAAUGUUGCUGAUAGGUACCUUGAUUGCAGCUGCGUUUGCAGAUCCACUUGUAGGUGCAGUCGAUAACUUUUCCACCGCAACAAGUAUUCCAUCAUUCUUCAUCUCAUUCAUUGCAUUGCCAUUGGCUACCAACUCAAGUGAAGCCGUUUCAGCCAUUAUUUUCGCCACUCGCAAAAAGAAGAGGACUGCAUCAUUAACUUUUUCCGAGCUUUACGGAGCAGUAACCAUGAAUAAUGUCCUCUGCCUGUCGGUUUUCUUGGCACUUGUUUACGUCCGGGGAUUGACAUGGGACUUCUCAUCCGAAGUGCUGGUUAUUCUCAUUGUUUGCAUAGUCAUGGGAGCCUUCGCUAGUUUCCGAACUACUUUCCCGCUCUGGACAUGUUCAAUCGCAUACAUUCUUUAUCCAUUUUCGUUGGCACUCGUUUACGUUCUCGAUUAUUUCUUCGGCUGGUCGUAAGUUUGUGUAUGGUGAUGCUAGUCAAGGAGGUAAGGGAAUUUGUUUGAGUUUUCUCCCCCUUAGACACUUCCUUUCAGAGUGACUUUUCCGCAUAUAUUUGUAUUUUGCAGCAGUGUGUUCCUCAGUUUAUCUAAUAUCCACAAGUUAAAUAGCUCCAUUAUGUAAGUUCAAUGUUUCCAUUUCGAAGUAAUAAAGAUUAUAUUCUCGUGUUA